CUUUCAACAAACACCACAGACUGCACGGUAACAUGGCAAAGGUCGAAGGCGCCCCAGCUCACGGCGCAGUAGCCCAUCUGCUGCCCCAAACGUACAAGAGGUUCAUCUCGGAAUGGCUUGAGGAGGAUACCCCGAGCUUCGACUACGGUGGCUUUGUCGUGGGAGAGGAAAUGUCAGAGGCCAAGCUGCUUGGGAAGAGUGAAGGCAUAGUGGCCGGCGUGCCCUUCUUCGAUGAAGUGUUCCGACAACUCGGUUGCACCGUGGAGUGGCAUAUCCAAGAAGGCGCAUCUUUCAAGCCCAUCACACAUUGCGCUACGGUUCGCGGGCCUGUUCGCCAUCUUCUCCUCGGCGAGCGCGUAGCCCUGAAUACGCUUGCUCGCUGCUCGGGUAUCGCCACAAAGAGCAAUAAACUGCUGACCCUGUUGCGUGGAGCCGGUUACCCCAACAUCCUCGCUGGUACCCGCAAAACUACGCCUGGCUUCCGGCUCGUGGAGAAGUACGGCAUGCUGGUUGGUGGUGUGGAUGCGCAUCGCGUGGACUUGAGCGCCAUGACGAUGCUCAAGGACAACCACAUUGUCGCAGCGGGAAGCAUUACCAAUGCCGUGAGAGCCGCCAAAGCUGCAGGCGGCUUUGCAAUCAAGGUCGAAGUCGAAUGCCAGUCGUUUGAGGAAGCAGACGAGGCGAUUGCUGCAGGCGCUGAUAUCGUUAUGCUCGACAAUUUUACUCCCGAGGGUGUUCAGAUUGCCGCAAAGGACCUCAAGGAUAAAUGGGGCCGUGGCACAGGCGACAGGAAGCAGUUCCUAGUCGAGGUCAGCGGUGGACUGACAGAGCACAAUGUCGAAAAGUAUGUGUGUGCCGAUAUUGAUAUUGUGAGCACAAGCAGUAUACACCAGGGAGUUCCGCACGUGGACUUUUCGCUCAAGAUUGUGCCGAAGAGCAAGGCUGUUUCUGGAGCAUAGUAGGCAAGAAUGAGUCCUUCUUGCAUGGUUUGGAAAAUCUCUGAUUGGAGCACAAUUCAUGGCAAGGUUGUAAAGUAGUCAUUGAAAAGUUU